CAUUUCAUUGAUCUCUCCCACCAGGAGUGUACACGUGAGGCACAUGCUUUAAGACACUGCUAUCUGGGCUGGAAGCUCGAGAGGCACCACUCGUCAUGUCCACCGGCUCCAUCAGCGACGCGGACGAGUUCCACGACUCGGAACUGCUGGAGGGGCUGCUGCCGUUCGGCUCAAGCGGAGACACGGCGCCACGGGAGAGCGCGGAGGACAGCUCGAACGGGGAGGGAUCCGGGGUUACUGAGCUCACCGGGCACGCGCCGGGCAAGCGGCGCAGAACGGCCGCGUCUGCGUCCUCGCGCAGAGCGGCGUCCGCCGGAGGAGGGGGCGCGGCCGUGGCGCACGAGGGCAAACAGGUCCAGAGGAACGCGGCGAACGCGCGCGAGAGGGCGCGGAUGCGCGUGCUGAGCAAGGCGUUCUCGCGCCUAAAAACCACGCUGCCCUGGGUACCUCCGGACACCAAGCUGUCCAAACUGGACACGCUGCGGCUCGCGUCGAGUUACAUCGCCCACCUGCGCCAGAUCCUGGCCAACGACAAGCACGAGCACGGAUACAUCCAUCCCGUUAACCUGACGUGGCCGUUCAUGGUGGCGGGGAAACCAGAAAACGAGCUUAAAGAGAUGCUGAACUCCACCAGAUUAUGCGGCACCACCGCAUCUUGAAAGGACGGUUUUUAUAUAUACAUAUAAAUAUAUUUCGGGGUUCUUUUUCUUUAAUGUACAAAAUGCACAUCAUCUCUUGUUCAAAAAAGCAAAAAGACAUUGUUGAGUUGAAAUUGAACAGAGGGACCAUGCAGUGACGCGUCUUCCUGUACAGAGAAACUGUCUAUUUUAUUUAAAACAGCUCGCAUUUCUUUCCUUGCUGGUUCAAGGAAAUACAAAGUGCGGGUUUUAUGCAAUUUUUUAUCUGAAUGAAUCUAGUUUACUCACUUUUUGUAUUGCAAAAAAAAAAAACCCGUAUGUAUAUAGGCUAUAUAGAUAAGCUUUAUACUUUUGGGGACGUGUGUUGUCUCCAGGUGCAAACUUGCUGCAGCAUUUUGGAAGGACAGCAUUAUAUUGUGAAUAAAGAUAUUUUCAUAUUUGA